AUGGCAGGGAAGCCCCUGAAGAAGUCCAGGCCUGGAGUGAGCAUCCGGCAGUUGGUGGAGGAGAUCCCCGAAGGCGGCAGUGUGCCUGAUUUUGAGCAGAAGCCCGUGACCUUGGCUCUGCAAGAGGGGAAAAAUGCCGUCUUCCGGGCGGUGGUCUGCGGGGAGCCCAGACCCGAGGUGCGCUGGCAGAGCUCCAGAGGAGACCUCAGAAGCUCCAGCAAGUACCAGAUCUCGGGCGCUGGCAGCAAGGAGCACGUGCUGCAGAUCAACAAGCUGACGGGCGAGGACACGGACCUGUACCGCUGCAUCGCGGUGAACGUGUACGGAGAGGCCACGUGCUCAGCCAGACUCACCGUCAUUGAAGUUGGCUUUCGGAAGAACCGGAAGAGGCAGACGGAACCCCACGAGGAUCUCAAGAAAGAACUGAUGGACUUCCGGAAGAUGCUGAAGAGGACCCCGACUCCAGCCCCCAAGAAGAAGGUCGACCUGGAGCAGGUGUGGCAGCUGCUGAUGACGGCGGACAGGAAGGACUACGAGCAGAUCUGCAUGCGGUACGGCAUCGUCGACUUCCGCGGCAUGCUGCGCAAGCUGCAGGUGAUGAAGAAGGAGCACGAAGACAAGGUGGCGCAGUACGUCAACGUCAUCUCCAACUUGAGACACAUCAGAGUCACCAAGGAUGGGGUCGCCAUGUUUGAUCUGGAGAUGGAGCUGAAGGAUAUUGAGAGCAAGAUUUACCUAUAUAAGGAUGGCGAGAUGGUGCCGUACGGCUUCGACAACCAGACCAGGCACUGUCUGCGGCGGCUGGGGAGGCGCUACCACUUCCAGAUCCAGGACCUGCGGCCCGAGGACGCCGGCAUCUAUCAGGUCCGGGUGGAGGACGCCGUGGUCUUCUCCACAGAGCUGCAGGCCAGCGCCAUCCCGCCGCGGGUGGUGGUCCCGCUGGCCGACGCCCACGUUAAGGAGCAGGGAGACGCUGUCUUCGAGUGCACGUUCUCCAGCCCCUGCCGGGAUAUCACCUGGCAUUUCCAGCACCGGCCUCUGCGGCCCGGUGACAGACACGAGGUGUUUGUGUCACCCGACGGGCUGACCCAUCGGCUGCUGGUGAGAGGGGUUCGGCUCUCAGACAGGGGCCUCUAUUCGCUUGGCAUCGGGCUCCACGCCUCCAGCGCCAGGCUGGUGGUUGAAGGAAAGAGGGCACUGCAGGGAGCCCAGUCUGGUCCUGCAGGAUCUUGGCCCGGAGAGGAGGGGAUGGAGGUUUCUCAGGGCAAUGGCCUGAACGAGGUGGAGGGCGGGGGUGGUCUGGGCAGAGAGAGAGGGAGAGGAGCAGCAGGAGCAGGGUGGGGCGGCAGGACUGGCCUGGGUCAAGCUGGAGAGGGCGUUGGAGGAGGAGGGCCCGGCACCCUGGGGUCCACUGGAAGAGAAGGUUCUGGCUCCAUGACAGGCACUGGCCCAGAGUCCUGGGGCGCUCUGGGAGGUGGAGGUGCUGACCAUGGUGGAGCCAGUGGCUUCUGGGGGUCAGAGGGCUAUCCAGGACAGCCAUGGGGAGGUGAGGACACCCAAGAACCAGCAAUGUCCAGUGGCAGAAAAUUUCUCCUGGGGGCCAGGGGUCCUGCGGCCAACGCCGACGGUCUCCUGCAGGGGGCAGCUGGAGGAACGGGGCUGGUAAAUGGGGCAGGACCUGGGAUGGGUUCUGGGCUAGCUGGAAUAUUUGGCGCUGCAGAUGGCACAGCACAUAGGCACGGCUCUGGGGGCCCAGGGGAGCUGGGGGCUCUGGGAGGCUCCCAGACUCUUGCAGAUGGGUGGGGCUCCAAGAAUGGUCCUGGGGGCUAUGGAGCCUCUGGGAGCCCUGAGGCCUUGGGUGCUGCUGGCUUCAAGGGACAAGCAGGUGUCCAAGCAGGACCUGAUGGUUCUGGGAUGCCAGGGGUUCCCGGGGAGGAGGGCAGGUCAGCAGGCCACGCUGGGGGCAUGGGGGCUUCUGGGUUUCUUGGUGGUCGGGGGGCAGUGGAAGAUGGGAGCUGGGCAGGGCCAGCUGCUCAGGCAUUUGGACACGAGGGGGCAUUCGGGAAGACAGGCCCAGGGAUGACCGAUGGGGGCAGAGCUGCUGGCCAGGGGGCAGUGGCUGGGGACUCUCGGCUGGGAGAUGGCAGGAUGGGAGCAGGCUCCUGGGGCUCAGCAGGGCCAGGCCAGAGUGCAGAUGGCAGCUCGGCGGCGGGGGGAAGGGGCAAGCCAACAUCAGGGCCUAUAGGUGGGCGAGGGGCCCCAGGCUGGGAAGACCAGGGCUUUGGCCAUGGCGACGUGGGUGCUGGGGACCGACUCUCAGGCUCCAGGGCUUCCCAUUCACUCCAGGAGAAAGAAACCACUUCCAAUGGGCCCCACGAAGGGGAUUCUCAGGGCAUGGAGGGUACAGCAGGCCCAGGGGUGGCCGGCAGACGUCGAGGCUCACGGCUGCUGGAUAGCAGGGGAUCAGGCCCUGGGAAGGGCAAGUCUGGUCACGCAGGUGGCUCAGGUAUCCUGGAUGAGGGGGAUGGCCUGUCCCCGAGACCAGGGGAGGCAGGGGCUGGGGGAGCCUGGAGUGGCUUAGAUGGUUCACAAGGCUCUGCAGACAGAUCAGGCGGGACUCGGGGUCUGGGCUCUCAGCCAGGCAAGGGACAGAGAGGCAGGGGGUCCCCUGGGAGGCAGGGGUCUCUGGAGGCUGUGGAUGGCAGGGCCCAAGGUCUGGAUGAGGGGCAGGGAGCUGAAGAGUCUGGCAGGUUAGACAGCAGGCCUGGAGCGUGGAUAAACUGGUCUAAAGCUCAGGCGGGGGCUGAAGUUGGGGUACCAAAGAGAAGGGGUGCAGAGGAGGCCAGAGGCAAGGGCCAGUCACCUAGUGGGGAGCCCAGAGGGUACCUGGGGGAGUCUCUGAGUGAAGAUCAGAGCCAGGAGUCCCCGAGGCACCUUGGCAGCAGGAGAGGCGGCAAAGGCGACAGCUCAGAUGUCCACGGUGCGCCCAGGGAUGCCAGCCGCAGUCCCAGGUCCAGAGACAAGGCUGGUGCUGGCCACUUCUCCGCGGAGGCCCAAGGCCGCAUGGGCCACUUCUCCCGAGGCUUGGCUGACGUGGAGGUGCAGCACGGGGAAGCUGCCACACUUUCCUGUACCCUCACCAGUGACCUGGGGCCUGGCACCUGGCUUAAGGAUGGCGUCAAGCUCACUGGCCAGGAUGGAGUCAUCUUGGAGCAAGACGGCCUCAUGCACAGACUCCUCAUUGACCACGUGCAGGGGACCCACGCUGGGAAGUACACGUUUGUAGCCGGUGACCAGCAGAGUGAAGCCACCCUGACCGUCCGGGAUCCCCCCACCAUCGCUCCAGAUGUGAUGGAGAAGCUGAGGGAGCCCCUGGUGGUCAAGGCCGGGAAGCCGGUGACCAUGAAGGUCCCUUUCCAGAGCCGCCUCCCCGUGCAGGCCGAAUGGAGGAAGGACGGGGCCGAGGUGGGGGGCAGCGGCCGCAAGGGCGCCCAGGUGGCCCUGGGGGACGACUACACGCGCCUGUGCAUCCCGAGCGCGAGCAGGAAGGACGCCGGCCAGUACAGCGUGAUGCUGCGGAGCCACGGAGGCUGCGCACAGGCCCAGCUCAGCCUGCAAGUCCUAGACAAGCCUCAGCCCCCGCUGGGGCCCCUGGAGGUACAAGAUCUUCGCGGGGCAGGGGUCUGCCUGCGCUGGCGGCCCCCGCGGGAUGACGGGGGCCGGGCUGUGGAGCACUACGUGGUGGAGAGGCGCCAGGCCGGCAGGAGCACCUGGCUGAAGGUGGGGGAGCCCCCCGCAGAUAGCACCACCUUCACGGACAGCGGCGUGGAGCAGGGCCGGAAGUAUGCCUUCCGCGUGCGUGCCGUGACCUCCGAGGGGGCCAGCGAGGCCCUGGAAUCCGAGGAGCUGCUGGUGGCACCUGAGGCCCUCCCCGGGCCCCCUUCUAGCCCAACCAUCCAGGCGGCCUCCAGCCGGGGCAUCACCCUGACCUGGACGGCACCCCGAGGCCCUGGCAGUGCCCACAUCCUGGGCUACCUGAUCGAGAAGCGCAAGAAGGGGAGCAACACCUGGACGCCUGUGAAUGAGAAGCCCGUGUCCGAGAGGAAGUGGACAGUGGAGGACCUGCGGCAGGGCUGUCAGUACGAGUUCCGCGUCACGGCGGUGGCUCCCGCAGGCCCUGGGGAGCCUGGGCCCCCCUCGGAGGCCGUCUUCGCUCGGGACCCCAUGAGACCGCCAGGGCCCGUGCGGGAUCUCCGUGUCACGGACACAUCGAACACUAGCAUCACCCUGAGCUGGACCGGGCCCGACACCCAGGAUGGGGAUGAGGCCCAGGGCUACGUGGUGGAGCUGUGUGACUCAGACAGUGUCCAGUGGAGCCCGUGCCACACAGGGACCGUGCCAACCACUACCUUCACCGCCAAGGGGCUGCGGCCCCAAGAGGGCUACUUCGUGCGAGUGACAGCCGUCAACGCCGGGGGCCGCAGCCAGCCCAUGGCCCUGGCCACACUGGUGCACGCCAAGCCCCCUGCUGUCGGUCCCAGGUUCCUCAAGGGCACCAGCACAACGGAGACGCUGACAUUCAAGGCUGGGGACACCAUCCGUGUGCCUGUCACCUUUGAGGCUGCCCCAGAGCCCGAGGUGGUCUGGCUGAAGGACGGCUCCCCCUUGCCCAGAAGAAGCGUGACAACCACCAAGGACGGCCUCACGCGGCUUCUCAUCCCCACGGCCACCCUCUCGGACAGCGGCUGCUACACCGUGGUGCUGAGGACCCGGGAGGGGAAGGAGGCCACCUACAGCUUCCUCAUCAGGGUGGCAGCUCGCCCACAGGCCCCCGGCGCCAUCCGCCUGCAGGAAAACGUGCCAGGGACGGUGACGGCCGAGUGGGAGCCCUCUCCGGACGAGGCCCAGGGGCUCCCCCUGACCUACACAGUGCUCAUGCGUUCCUCGGACCACGGCCCAUGGCAGGAGGUGGCCGAUCGCAUCCACACCAACCACUUCACCCUCCUGGGCGUGCUCCCGGGCCACGAGUACUACUUCCGCGUGCUGGCCAAGAACGAGCUGGGGGCCAGUGAGCCCUCCCAGAGCCAGGCCUGGUGCAUCCCCCGGAAGCGAGAUAAGUUCACGGUGAAGGCCCCGAGCUACCGGGAGCCCGACCUGCGCCAGAAGCCGCGCUUCCUCGUGGGUCUGCGCGUGCACCUGCUGCCGCAGGGCUGUGAGUGUCGCAUGACCUGCGCCGUGCAGGGCUCGCCCCGACCCCGCGUCACCUGGUACAAGAACGGCCAAAGCCUGGAGAGGAACCCCGGGGUGUACAGCACCGACGUGCAGGGCGUCUGCUCCCUCGUCAUCACCAGCGUGACCCCGGAGGACAGCGGCCAGUACAAGGCUGUGGCCGAGAACCCACUGGGCCAAGCGGUCAGCAUGGCCACCCUCAUCGUCACAGGAGAUGGGGCCUUCGGGGGCGGGGGAAUGGGGCCAGGGACACCAGAGAGCCGGCUGCCUGUCACCAUGCACAUCCGGGAAGGCCGGAGCAGCCCCCGAGUAAGAAGGCAGCCAGGAAGCGAACCAGCCGGCACCGUGGUCCGGCCGACCAGCCCCAGAACCGUGAGACGCCGACGGCUGCCAGUCCGUGUCCUGUCGCUGUACCGCCGCUGA